CCAACAUCUUCAACAGCAAUCCGAUCUUCCCCCGCCCCCGAUGCCCAUCAGAGUCUGGCCCAGUAUGUCGAAGUUCCUCCUCCUUAGGCAUUGGUCGCGAAUGGCCGCCCUCCUUUCCACUAGUGGAGUCCACUACCGGUCUUCUACAGUCCUUCCUCCACAUGUCUAUAUCAGGACGGCUGCCAGCGUCUACUCUGCCACUUUGAGCAAAGGGGUAUAUCCAUCUAUGACCGUUGCAACACUCUGGGGCCACACAGGGGUUAUAAUCUAG